UGUGCUAAUGCUCUAGAAUCUUCUGGAAUAUCACCAUUCUAGAAUAUUCUCGAAUGUUCAUGGCUCUGUGGAGCAAUCUCUUGGCCCCAGCAUCGAUCAAAAGUUUAUUAGAUCUCAUCUCUUUUCUAAGUUCUAGACAUGGCUUUGCAUUUCUAUCGCGGGAAUGGCAGCAGCAUCUUCGAUCCCUUUGAGGAGCUCUCAUCGAUCUUAGCUGGUGGCAACGAGCCGUCGAAGCAGAUGGCCAGGGAUGCAAGCGCCAUCGCUAACACUCGCGUCGAUUGGCUUGAGACGCCCGAAGCGCACGUCUUCAAGGCCGAUCUCCCGGGGCUGAGCAAGGAGGAGGUGAAGAUCAGCGUGGAGGAUGGGCGCACUCUCCAGAUCAGUGGCGACAGGAAGAAGCACGAGACACAGAAGAGCGAUAAGUGGCACCGCGUGGAGCGCAGCUAUGGGAGCUUCUUGAGGAAAUUCCGCCUGCCCGAGAGCGCCAAUGUGGAUGCGAUCAAAGCCCAAGUGGAGAAUGGCGUGCUUACUGUCACAGUGCCAAAGAUCCCCAAGCCACAGCCAAGAACAAUCCAAGUAGAAUAGAGGAGUGAUCUCAUAGAUGAUUGGAAAUCUAGAUUCUAGCCCUCUUGUUUGAGUUAUAUACUAAUA